AUGGCCUCACAAACAAUGGAACAAAAAGACUUGUCCAACUUGAUUCAUAGACUCAAAUUAAGACUAGCAUUAGCUAAUUUUAAACGUGAGCAUGGAUAUGAAAACGUCGACCUGCGGACACUAGAAUCAAGCUUAUAUGAACAUAAGCUUACUUCCAUAGACAAAUACAGCAAUACAACAAAGAUUCAAUCUCCCACACGCAUGCCCUUAUCAGCAACACGAUUAGAACAAUCAAGAAAGAUUUCACUCUCUUCUGAUGAUGAAGAUGCUGCUCAUCUACUUGUUCUGAUGCAUCAAAGCCCUACAAUGUCUUCUUAG